CGGAAACCGCUUGUCGUGACUCUCGCUAGCAUGAUGCAAACUAACGUUGUGUCAUGGAUGACAGCGACUGAACCUGCGGCUUCAAACCGGGAGUCAGUUCCCGUCUGGGUUUGGAUGUAACGCAAAGACAAGGACGCGGUGACAGGAAGGAGAUGAAGACGAUCAAAUGCCGCAAAACGCGCAGUUUCCGUUGAUGCGCAAAGGUGCCGCCUCAGAGGAGAAACACACCUAUCCGUGAUGGUUAUGGACGAUGAUGGAUGCCCUCUCAGCCAAUCAGAGCCGGACACCCGGUCACCAGUGGGCGGGGCAGAACGGCUGGUCCGCAGCUUCACCUCCAGGACCCCUCUGCAACCCUUUGCCCAGCUUUCAGCAUCUCAGCCUGGGCUCGCCCUCUGACCAGCGGCCCGGCCAUGACCAUCUGCAGGUGUCGAACCACGGCUGCCUGAGCGACCUCAGAAACCACAGUCAGAGCAUGGUCUUCACUGAUAAUGCUGAGCUGAGUGUGCAGCAUUACAUCCCUGAUGCUCACGUCUCACACGUGGUUCCAGCUGCCAGCCACGAGAGAAACCUACCUCCGUGUUCUCUGCCUCUUAUGAACAACGGGUCGCAGCCCUCCAACCCCCAGGGGGCGUCAGCGUACCCCCCUCACAGCCCGUACCAAACAAUAUCCGCCCCCUUCCAUCCUCCAUACUCACACCACGUCGCUCUCAAUGGACCUCAAUCGCUGCAGCAAACCCCCAUCAGCCCUCCAUCAUUCGGUCAAGGUGCAGACCAGAAUCCACAGUGUGCACGGCAGCCUGCAUAUCAGAAGAAUGUGGAGUCUCCUGUCAGUGCUGGAUACGUCCACACUUCUGCCUCGCCCAACUCUCCCAUCCAACAGCAGCCUCAGUGGGCUCUUCCAUCACAAUCUAGAGGAAACACUAAGGAGUUUGUCUCCAGUGCGGCCGUACAGGACGGGAACAUCACUCCGCAGUCUCCUAACUCAGAGUCCCGCUAUGGCCUCGACCCAGAGCUCCUGCCCAACGCUGUGAAGGUGAUUGCAGAGGACCGGGCAGAGUGGGGGGGAAAGGUCUUUGUCUCAGAGCCUUUUUCUCAACUUCCUCCUCUGGCAACUACUUCCUGUAUCGUAGAAGACCGAGGUAACACAAGUCCCUUUGCCAUCCGCUCCCUGUCAUACUGUGUGCCCUGCGAGGGUCAGACCGCCCUGCUCAGUCGCCUGCCGCUGGGAGCUCUGGUCACUCCUCUCUCAAAACAAAAUGCUGGGGAGGAGCCCGUCCCGCUUUGUAAAGAGCCCGAGUGUGUUCUGGGUUGUAGUUGUUGCGGAGCCUCCAUGUGCCCGGCAAUGGGUUGGCAGGACUGUGGUCAGAGAUUUUAUUGCCCCUUCUGUGGUAAACUCAGUGAAGUGCCGUGGCAACACUACCAGCCCACCAAUGGAGUGGAGGGGGCUCGGGUGGAUAAAGACAAGAGGCCUGAACUUAGCGUGGGCUCAUACGAGAUACUACACUCUCAGAAGGGGGAACCUGCUGCACUGCUGCUCGCCAUAGAUGUGUCUGCCUCAGCGCUGAGAGGAGGACAUUUGGAGUUUGUAACACAACAAAUCCACUCGCUGCUCACCUCUCUGAACAGUGAGGACGGUGACUCCUUGUCGGACGUCCGCGUCGGCCUCAUGACCUACGACAGCAGGAUCCACCUCUACAACCUCAGCCCCGCCCUGUCCCGCCCACACAUGCUGGUCAUCAUGGAGACGGAGGACCUGCAGCUUCCUGUGACCGACGGGCUUCUGGUGUCCCUCAAAGACUGUAUACACAGCAUCGACAGUGUGUUGGAGCUUAUUCCUCAGUUCAGUGCAGAGUGCGAUGACUCGAGUGGAGUUCCCAUGGAGCUGCCCGUCAGGGCGGGACUUGCCAUACUGCAGGCCCUGAGUUCUCCUGGCAAGCUGCUGAUCUUCCAUACUGCCUCUCUGACAGAGAUGGGCCACACCAGCUCGUCCUCAGGGUUCUUUGGCUCCAACAAACCAAAGUCCAUCUUUCAGCCGUCAGAGCCGGCCGUCUCAUUGGCCAAGGAGUGCGUCCGUCAGGGCUGCGGCGUUCACCUGUUCGUCCUCUCCCAGCAAGACGUGGGCGGGGCCUGGCCAGGGCACAUUCCAUAUCUCAGCGGUGGAGCUCUGCACACGUACAGCCACCUCCAGGGAGAAUUGGACAGAGAGCGAUUCACCACGGAUCUGAAGAGGAUUGCAGAGACGCACACCGGCUACAAGGCUGAGCUCAGGAUGUUCGUCAGCAAAGAUUUACGUGUGUCCGGCUGUUAUGGACUGUUUCUCCCUGGACCUGCCCCUAGCCAGGUCGUCAUGGCAACUCUCGACCAGUGGACAACGCUGGCUGUGGAGCUUUCCCACACCAGAGGUCUGGAUGAGAAGAGAGGUGUAGCCAUACAGACUGUUUUGUCCUACAGCACCAGGACAGGAGACAGAAGGACCAGGGUUCACACUCUGACCCUGCGAUGCUCACCUCACCUUCAGGAUGCUUUCCGCCACUUCCAGGCCCAAACACUGCUCACCUUCUACUGCAAGAAGAUGUACUGUGCAGUGUUAGAGCGCCCUCUACAGGAGCUGAGGGAGGAGCUUCAGACCGAGGUAACGGAAGCUCUGGCAUCGUAUCGCAAACACUGCUCCUCUGCCUCGGUGUCGGCUGGACAGCUGGUCCUACCUCAGUAUCUGCGAGCUCUUCCCGUUUACAUCAAUAGUUUGAGGAAGAGUGAGGUGCUGCUGCCGGGCCUGAGAAACUCCAUCCACCAGCGACUGCAGCAGCGCUGCCAGGUGCUCGCCUUGGACACGAGCGGCACCGUCACUCACUUCUAUCCUCUGCUGCUGCCUCUGCCGCUGUCAGCUGAGGACUCCAUCCCUCCGAACCCAGAGCAGGCGCUGCGCUGCCGUGCCCUCAGCCUGGAGCCCAGAGGUCUGUAUUUGGUCCACGCACCCCUCACUCUGCUGCUCUGGGUGGGCACCCAGGUCCCAGCAAGCACCCUGGUCGAGCUCUUUAACACCAGCUGCUUCUCCGCCCUGUCCUCAGGAGAAACCAAGCUGCCUGUUCUGGAAAACCCUCUGUCCCUUAGCGUCCGGUCCCUCGUGGACACACUGAACUCUCUGGUGCCCUGCGCCCGCAAGCUGUGGGUGGUGAAGCAAGGGGACACCUGCGAGGAGGCUCUGCAGCGCCACCUGGUGGAGGACAAGAGUCCCAACGGAGGAGCGUCCUACGCUGACUUCCUGUACCAUCUUCACAUCAACUCUGUGCGGCUGCUGCAGUGACACUCAAACACAUGAGGACAAUUCAAAGGACACAUAGAAUUAUCUAUAUAUAUUUAUUACGACUGCUGUGAAGAACUAGACAGGAAGCGGUCACAGACAUAUCUGCGUUUAUGUUUGAAAAGUUAUUUUACAUAUUUAUGUUUGUAUUUUCGUUUUCCUGUCAUUUAUAAUUAUGUAAAAUAAAGUUUAACUUCAAAAUAUCAAACCUCGGUUACAUUUCUUUGUCACGAGGGUUUGAUAAC